ACCGCACUGUUCAGUCAACACAAACAAUCUUGAUACGGGAAGGUUAUACGUCGAUUGGAACUAUCUAUUUAUCCCGGGAAAGUACCAUGACCAUAGUCCUUCGACGCCCGACGUGACUCGACUUACUACAUAAGUCAUCUGGCCAGUCACCCCUGAGCUACCAUCUGGUCAGCCCUCACACAUCUUAGCUCACCUUCGCUUGAUUCACUCGACAUACCUAGGGCUAUUUAACAAUCUACGCCAUAAUAACCUUUAUGCUCCUAGGUAUCCUUACUCGACAAGACCUAAAAACUCAAAUCGGAUCGAGCUUCCUAAAAACGAGAACAAAGAAUAUCUAGCCAAACUUACCGGACCAAGACAUUUCACCAGAAAACUUACCCGAGGAUCUAAAUAUCACAAUGCCGUCCAAGACCGAAGACGUCGGCACAGCUCCCGAGUCCCGCACCCUAGGAGAAUCCAUCAACAUCGCCACCCGCCCCGUCCACACCAGCCUAAACAAACUCAUCAUCCUCCGCCUGCGCCUAGCCCUCCCACCUCACGCCGACGACGCAUCGAACUACGUGCAAGGGCUGCUACACAUCACGCCCAUCUAUACGACCUUCGAAACCCUCUGGCAAGAAAUCCUCGACACCCCUCCCCUAACCUCAGAAGUCCCCGUGGAAUCUACCCCUACCUCCCCCAUCUCCCCCCGCAUCCACACCCUCCUGACAUCAACCCACUUCCCCAUCCUCUCCCGCUCCGCCUCCCUAAAAGCCGACUUAUCCCAGAUAACAGGCUGGAGCGCCUCCGACCUCUCCUCCCGUCUCCUCGAAGCUUCGCGCGAGUCCGCUGUGCUAGCUGCGUUCUUGGCGCAUAUACAAGUGACGGUGGGGAGGAAACCACAUUCUCUGCUCGCGUACGCGUGGGUGCUGUAUAUGGCACUUUUUGCGGGUGGUCGUUUUAUCAGGGCGUCGCUUGAGCGCGUGGAUCCGCGGGAUGGGUUUUGGGGGCCGUUGUUUAUUAGUCCUAAUUUAGUAGACGACGAAAUUGGGGAUACGGUAGACGGGGUUGGCAGGGAGAGAAUGCCUGGCGCGUUUCCUUCGGGUUCUAUCGGUGGGGAGGUGAGACGGGUGCAAAGUAUGGUAGAGAAGACGGAGAAGGCGGAAUAUCCACUGUCGUUCUUCCGCUUCGACACCCCCGCCGACGGACAGGACCUUCGACAGGCGUUCAAGGCGCGGGUCGCGGAGGCGACGGACGUGCUUACGGCGGAGGAAAUCGCGGAUGUGGUCGGCGAGGCAAGGGAGAUCUUCGAGAGGAUGGUUGGGCUGGUGGGCGAGCUUGAUGAUGUGUGUGGCACGGAGUACGAGGCUGCGACUGCGGUGUAGGGCGCUGCGUCGCCGUUGGUGAGUCUACGGAGUCGGGAUAGUGUGGUUGUGGAGAGGGAGAAGAGGGAGAGGUUGGCGGCGAGGGGGGAUAGGGGGAAGGUUUCCGGACGGAAUACCCCGGUGGGGGAGCUGGGACGGGAUGGGGGGGUUAGGUUUCGGUAGGGGGUUUAGAGGUUUAGACUACAUACCUACGGUAGGUAUGGAAGAGGAAAUACACUUGAUGGCGUAGGAUAGGAAGGCGAUGGCGUAUGGUGAGAUGGGUAGGUAGAAUGGAUAGAGGGAUACUGGCGCUGGGGAUUUACUCGGGCUGAUACGAGAUACCCUAAAUUACACCUUAGAGAAUAGACUUGAUUCUUGUGCCUGUAGUUCGAUUUGGUUCGAUCUAGUCUAUUUUGUCACAUGUGCUUGGAGUAUCAUAUUUACUUUGCUUAGUCCGGCUUCACUUGUUCUGCUCAGAUACUAGCACAACCAUUUUCUUAGAUCAGAGCCUGGAGCUGCCGGUAAGCUUCAUGCUCACAUUUUAGAGUGCUUACUUGUCUUCCUCGAGAAUCCGAUGACUUCUGCCAAGACGCUUACUGAUCACUCGCU